CUCAGUGCUGUGCUGAGUCAGGAGCCCUGCCCCGAAGCCCGUGUGACCUUGGGCCAGGCCUUCGAGCUCGCUGUCCACAUUCGAUCAUCUGGAGAACACAGGGUCGGAUCUCUGAUUUCCGGCUGCCCCCGAGGCCCUGACGUUCGAGAUUUUAAGUCAGGUGGCAGGAGUGUGCUAACUUCGUUGGUGGAGGGAGCUGUGGCCAGAGCCUGGCGGCCGGGCCCUCGCUCGGUCCUGGGGUGUCCUGCUGAAGGGCAAGAGGAGAGCCAUGCCAGGCAGCGGCCCCAACGAGAGGAUGACAUGGCCUGGUCCGGCCCUCCCCGCGGCCCCCCCAACGCGCCCUCUCUCCUCAGCCCCGGGGACACCGCCCAUCCCGCCCCUCACCCGGACCCGCAGCCUCAUGGCCAUGUCCCUGCCGGGCAGUAGACGGGCCUCUGCUGGAUCCCGCAGCGGGGGCCCUUUGGGCCGCAGCGGCCUGGCGGUGUUCGCCCAGUGUCCGCAGCUGCCCGCCAGCCAGAACGAGCACCUGCCUCUUCUCCCUGCCUCCAGGCGCACCUCUCCGCCAGUGAGCGUGCGGGACGCCUACGGCACCUCCUCUCUCAGCAGCAGCAGCAACUCGGGCUCCUGCAAGGGCAGCGACAGCAGCCCCACGCCCAGGCGCUCCAUGAAGUACACGCUGUGCAGCGACAACCACGGCGUCAAGCCCCCCACCCCAGAGCAGUACCUGACCCCACUGCAGCAGAAGGAGGUGUGCAUCCGGCACCUGAAGGCGCGACUGAAGGACACGCAGGACCGGCUCCAGGACCGGGACACGGAGAUUGAUGACCUGAAGACACAGCUGUCGCGCAUGCAGGAGGACUGGAUCGAGGAGGAGUGCCACCGCGUGGAGGCCCAGCUGGCCUUGAAGGAGGCCCGCAAGGAGAUCAAGCAGCUCAAGCAGGUCAUUGACACGGUCAAAAACAACCUCAUUGACAAGGACAAGGGGCUGCAGAAGUACUUCGUGGACAUCAACAUCCAGAACAAGAAGCUGGAGACGCUGCUGCACAGCAUGGAGGUGGCCCAGGACGGCACGGCCAAGGAGGAUGGCGCCGGGGAGUCGGCCGGCGGGUCCCCCGCCCGCUCCCUCACCCGCAGCUCCACCUACACCAAGCUGAGUGACCCGGCCGUGUGCGGGGACCGGCCCCCCGGCGAGCAGCCCGGGGCUUCGGGCGAGGACGGGGCUGACAGCGGCUUCGCGGUGACCGACGACACGCUGAGCCGGACGGACGCGCUGGAGGCCAGCAGCCUGCUGUCGUCGGGCGUGGACUGCGGCCCCGAGGAGGGCUCGCUGCACGGCGGCUUCAGCCUGGGCCCCCGCUUCCCUGCCAGCAACACCUACGAGAAGCUGCUGUGUGGCACGGAGGCCGGCGUGCAGGCCAGCUGCGUGCAGGAGCGUGCCAUCCAGACAGACUUCGUGCAGUACCAGCCGGACCUGGACACCAUCCUGGAGAAAGUGACCAGGGCCCAGGUCUGCGGGGCGGUCCCCGAAUCGGGGCACGGGUGCCCGGAGCCGGAGCCCCGCCCCCCGGGGCCCAAAGACCCCGACUCGGCCGUGGUGGUGACGGUGGGUGACGAGCUCGAGGCCCCCGAGCCCGUCACCCGAGGGCCAAGCCCGCACCGGCCCGGUGCCGACCCCAGCCCGUCGGUGAGCGUGGCGUGCCCCGUGGAAGACGAGGAGGAGGUGGCCGCGGCCGAGAAGGAGCCCAAGAGCUACUGGAGCCGCCACUACAUCGUGGAUCUGCUGGCCGUGGUGGUGCCGGCCGUGCCCACGGUGGCCUGGCUGUGCCGCUCGCAGCGACGCCAGGGCCAGCCCAUUUACAACAUCAGCUCCCUGCUGCGGGGCUGCUGCACGGUGGCCUUGCACUCCAUCCGCAGGAUCAGCUGCCGCUCGCUGAGCCAGCAGGGCCCGGGUGGGCCGGGUGGCGGCUCCCAGCUGUGAGGGGUCCGCGUCCCCGCCAGCGGCUCCAGCGGCCCGACCACUGAUUGUAGGGGUGCCGCUCUCCCUCUCGCUCGUUCCCGGAGGGCAGCAUCUUACUUGUUUGGUCUCGGGUUUGGAAGUGGUUUUGUUUUUUUUUUUUUUUUUCAGGAUGUGAACCGUGUCAGGGGGCUGAGAGUCGGGGUGGGGGGAAGGCGUCCCAAAACUUUGACGGGAGACAAGGGAAGAGAGACCGAAGGCAGGGAGGCACGCCGAUUGUACGAACUGCAGACAGAGGAGGUAGCGAGGUCCCCCCGGCCCGGCCCUGUCCUCCUGGACCUUCCCGCGGGGCGGCCCCGGCCCACAGUGUCUCUGGUGUGUUGAUCUGGGGAGGCUGGGCCUGAGAUGCCCGGAGCCUCCCUGCCCCCCACCCCCACGUCCUGUCUGGUGGCCUCCCGCCCACGCCUUCUCUCUCAGGCCGCCCCUUGCCCUGGGUCCAGCCUCCUGGGCCAGCAUCAUCUCCUCACGCGGAGGCAGCCGCCUCCCAGAGUAUAGGCAGCUGGCCCGGGACUCGGAGCCGUGUCUGCAGCCACCGGGUCUGGCAUCUUCAGGCCGCUCCCGGCGCUGGGAUUCAGAAGCGUCGUCCAGGCCGUGGGUACGGGCCGGAGGAAAGACCACGACGGGCAGGAGGUGGCAGAGUGCAGUGUGGGUUCUCUGUGUUUGUUCGUCCUAGACCUUCCCCGGGAUCCGGUCCCCUCUCGGCGCAGAUCAUUCCUCCCACGACAGCCGAGCCAGACAGGCCAGCGCCGGGGCCCGGAGCGCGCACCUGAGCCCAGCUCCCAUCCCGUCCCGAGCCUCUGCCAGCACGCGAGGAGGAGGCAGGGGCCGGCGGCUCCAGGGGGCUCCUCCAGCCUUCCUAGAUGAGGCCCCGCCACCGUGGGGGCAGUCCUCAGCUGGUUUGAGAAGCCACAGGCCACGACCGCCCCUGGAGCUCACCCCGACUUGCUCUGGGGGCUUCAGGCCCAACUUCUGCUUUGCACUAUGUUCACUUUGGGGCUCGGUUCUCAUGCACCCCAGCGUCUCCACUGAGGGGCUGUUUGCCUUCGAGGGCAAGGGUUCCUAAAAGACCUAUCUGCCUCUGGAAGGAAUUCCAGUAGGAUGGAUGGCAAGAUGGGAUACUGAAGCCAUGAUGUUCGUCCAGGCCAAAGCAGGGUGCCCUGGGAUGUCUCCCAGGCAGGGAUGGGGCGGGGCAAGCGGGGGUGCCCUGAGCCUCCCCACUCACAGCCUGAGGCCAGUUGGCCUGGGAGCUUCCCUGGCCUGCCCCCCUCCUUCCCUGGGACAUCUGGUCCCCCGGCAAAGCUGCUGACCUUUUACCACCACUGUUAUUUUACAAAGUAAACCGCUCCUUCUCCCUGGUGGGGCUUACACCCAUCUGGUCGCCCCUCCUUCAGAGGUUGGGCCCCGCAUUUGGGAGGGGUUGGUGGGACCCUGUGUCUUACUCGUCCCUCCGGCCCAGGGGCCCCUCUGGUUCUCUGCCAAGGCUGCUUGCCCACCCCAGCCGCUCGACAGCCGUUGCCUGACUUAUGGGCUCCGCCUUUCCUCUCUGCGCCCUCCACUCGGGGGCGGGGUGGGGGGGGGCACCUGCAUGCACUGGACGUGGGCAGCCAGCCCAGCCAUGGGGGCGACAGCCCCCUCUGCCACAUGCUUUGUGCCUCCAAAGCUCCCCCCACCGGUUGGGGGCCUCAGACCAGCCAUCCUUUGUGGAGCACCCUUACCCCAGCCAAGCCGCACCUGAACUCCUGGGGCCCGGCUGGGGCUGCCCCACAGACACUGGGGUCGUGACAUGGAGGGGCAGUGGACAAACCCAAUCCAAAGCCAAGCCGGGACUGGCCGUGGACCCAGCCUCCUGUGCCGUGUACUCACGAAGCUGCGUAGCGUCUCCUUAGAAACAAAGCUUUGCCGAGAAAAUAAAUGUAUGACUAUAUUUGACAACAUAAAAUCUAUAUAUUUUUCACCACUGGAAUCUAGUCGAGCCGCGUAGCCCCUCUGCUCUCGUCUGUGUCUUGCUAUCUGUGGCCUUCCUGUCGUGUCUUGUGUUUUGGUGGACGUGGUCCGGGCUGGGGCCGGAGCCCGCUCUGUGCUGCUGGAGAAGGCCCUCGCCAAGGGCGGCGCAUGAGGUGAGUGGGGCCGCUGCCCCCAUCUGUUGCUGCUCCGGGUUGCCAGGCCCCCGCCCACAGCGUUGAGGGUCUUCUCUUUUGGGGCCCCUGAGGGGCUUUACUUCUCCGUGUCAGCGGAGGCGGCGGCCCUGGGACGGACCCUGGGGGGACCCCUGGCUGGCGGCCCGGGCCCGGCCCUCCGUGUGUGCGUGUGUGUGCUCAGUGUCCGCAUCUAUGCAAGAGGGGCAGCGCUGCGUGUGCGGCUCCGGGCGCCGGAGGCACAGCGGCCUGCCGGCUCGGGCUCCCAGCCCUGGUGACGCAGGGCACAGAGCGUGGGGCCAGAGGGCAAGGCCAGGGGCCCGGGCCGCCCGCACAGUGCUCCUCCUCCAAAGCUCCCCUUUUCCUUCUUGCUUAAUACCUCCUCCUGCUGGGCUGUGGCCUUCCCCUCCUGCCCUCGGCUUCUGGAGCAGAAAUCAUGGGGGCCUCCCCUCUCCCCAGCCUCCAGCUGGAGCCGAUUGGAUCCUAAGGGACUUUUUCCCAGGAACCACCUCCUGGAACUGCUGGUCCCUUAGAGCCCAGUAGCCGGAAGUGGCUUCAGCUUAGUUGGAGGGCCCGGGCCUGGGCCUCCCUGCUGCUCUUCUGGUCCAGGCUCAGGCAGGAAUCAGAGCUGGGGCUGGGACUCUGCACAGAGAGCUGGCCUCCGGCGGAGUUUAUUCCGAGCAUCUCCCAAGGGGAUAACUUAAGCUUUUCACUGAACACCCUUCCCAGUCGUCACUAGCACCGGGGAACUGACAGCGCCCUGGGGAGGGGCAGGCAUUGACAAAGUUCUGGGACCAGGGCCCACUGAGGGCCUGAGCCCAGGGAACUCAUGACCCCCACUCUGACCUAGGGGGACAGUGCAAACAUGUCACGGCGUACUCUUCCAUUCGGCCAUCCCCUCGACAGAGAAUUUAGGGGAC